GCGAGGUGGCGGCGGGCAGGGCGCGGGAAGCGCCGGGAGUGGCGGCGGGCGCUUACCAGAGAAGAUCAAGAUGAGUCUACGGAAGCAAACCCCCAGUGACUUCCUAAAACAAAUCAUUGGAAGGCCAGUUGUUGUAAAAUUAAAUUCUGGAGUUGAUUAUCGAGGUGUCCUGGCUUGCCUGGAUGGAUAUAUGAACAUAGCUCUGGAGCAGACUGAAGAAUAUGUAAAUGGACAGUUAAAGAACAAAUAUGGAGAUGCAUUUAUCCGAGGAAAUAAUGUGUUGUACAUAAGCACCCAGAAGAGGAGGAUGUGAAGAUGCCAGAAGGAGGCUGUUUUUUUGUACUUGUGAGCCUCUUUGAAGUGAUGAGCCCUAUUUGAUUUGUAGUUCAAAGUCCACAGGUGAAAUACACAAGUGUUUAAGUAUUUUUUUUAAAUAAAUGUAAAUGUGAGUAAA